UUAAAAAAAACAGAAAAUUACUCAGUGGUUUUUAUCAAGAGACAAAAACUUUGAUCUGUAUCCACCUGGCGCACUGUCGUAAAAAUUUGUCAAUUUGAUGCGAUUAUGAAACAACCUUGACAUUUUUGCAAAUUAAAAACAAACCGAAAUAUCACUUCGGUAAUAAAACGGCAUAAUCGUCUUCGAUUAUGGUUACGUCAGUAACCACAUUCUUAUUAACUCGCUGUAAGUAACAGUUGCAAAUGCAAGUAACAAGUUGUGAAACAUCGACGAGCUGUCCAUGUCCAUGCUGUUUACAUUUUUGGUAUUUCGAUCAGCACCUUGGAUGCUACUCGUUCGAAGGCUUCUGGAAGUCGACCUUUGUCAAGGCGUGGUAGUUGUCUAUAAGCAUCUUUAAGUAAUUGUAAAGUCGCCACAAGGUUAUUUGCAAUUGACACGCGACAAUCUACCAAACAGGUUUAUAUUUACAGAAGAUCAGCCGGUGGCGCAGCGACCAUGCUUCAAAUCACCGAAGAUACACCGCCUGACAUGCUGGCAGGGGCCAUGGAUCUUACGGUACAUCUACCGACCGGCAGAACAGUCAAAAUGUCGGUGGAGCGGAGCACGCCCAUGAUGGACCUCCUGGUGCAAAUCACCAUCAACAACCACCUGCAACUCUCCGGGUACACCCUCCAGGUGCUGGGGAUGGCAGAACACAGCGACAGCGUCCUACCCUACAAACCAAAUACUCCCAUUGGAACCCUCGAUACUCAGCACAUUAGGGUGGUGCCCAAAGCGCGCACUGCCCCAGUACCCAAAAACAUCCCCCCUGGACACCAGCCCUUCGAAAGCACUUUCAGACUAAAGGUUCACCUGCCUAGGAACCAACUCUUCGUCACUCGAGUCGGACAAAGCGUCCACUUGGGCGACAUCAUGAAGAAAGUCUGCGAGGAAAAAAUCCUAGACCCCCUUAAGUACGAGUUCAGGCAUCCAGGCAACUUGGACGAGAUUUUGGACCCCAAACUCACACUUAGUGAUUACGCAAUUACGGAAAUAUACCUCGUACAGAAGGGGACCGCAAGUCUGAACCAAGCCUUCUCAAGUGGAGACAUUAUGGCGCUCCGGAAAGAAGAAGAACGCAAGCAGAUGCACACCAAGACGGGAGGUGGAGUCUUCAAUUUGAUCUUUAGGAGAGGAAAGUCGAGUACUGGCUCGUUAUCGAGCGACAAUCGUUCGAUUUCGCCGACUCACAGCGACGAUUCCCGCUCUGUGACUCCCCCAGCGGUGCAACAACAAAUAAUCACCUCGCAAGAACCCCCAGAACGACCCAAACCCCCACAAAGAAAACGCAGACCAGCGCCGAAACCCCCGCAGGAAAAACCAAAAGUUGAAAAUGGCCUAACUAUUUGUCAUUCGCGAAACAGUAGCGAUAGUUCCGGUUAUCACGAAGCUUCGAUUCUGAGUGAUAACAACACGUCGUUGCCUCGAAGGCCCAAAUCAACGAUGAUUGAAGAAAGUCAAAAAACUUUAGGGGUACACAGUCACAGUACCAGUAAUUUAAGUAAAAUGAGUGCCCAGUCAAAGUCAACGUCUAGUUUAGCAGUCCCAAGUCGUAAAAAGAAAUCAGCACCUCCUCCGCCACCACCAGUAUUAAAACCCGACCAUUCCGACGCUAAACACCAAGAACCUAGUCCAGUAGUUGCUAGUCAACCUUGUAUAGUAGCUCAAGCAGACGGUAAUGGGCAAGUAGCUAACACUAAUCCCGUACCAACACCCAGAACACGAACCAAAAUCACACCACAUCCACGCCCACGUACCAUUGCCCACGAAAACAAACCACAAACAACUGAAGAUUUCAAAGAAAAUGAAAAAAUAACCGCGGAGUUUUGCCCAGUCAGCGAAACAACUGACAGUACUGUUGCAUCUGAAGAUGAUCUUCAGGUUGUCGAUGAAACAAGGGAACAUCACGAUAAAGAAGAAAUCGCUAGUGAACCUAAAACAACUGAAUAUUGCGACAUACGUGCCGAGAAAAAAGAAACUGGUAAUGAGCUGCUUGAAACAAAAGAACAUCCCAACAAAUAUGAAGAUAAUCUUCAGGUUGCCGAUGAAGAAAUCGCUGGUGAAACACCUGAAACAAGGGAACAUUGCGAUGAAUUACAGGCCGAUAAAAACGGAAUCGCUAAUGAGUUCCGUGAAACAAAAGAACGUGAAGAUAAUCCUCUGGUUGUUAGUGAAGAAAUCACUAGUGAAACACUUGAAACAAAGGAACAUCGCGAUAUACAUGAAGAUAUCAAGGGCAAGGCGUCCGAAUUGGCGCAGUUGCAGAAGGAAGGAGUUGAUAGUUUUUUCAAGUCUUUGGAAAAAUCCAAAGCUCCCGAAAUCGUGGCCUUGCAUCCAAAACCGGCCAAGUCGGGCGGCUCCAAGUCGAUUUUGGAUUCCUACACCCGGAAAAGAGGUUUCCAGAUCGGUAGUUCGCUCCUGGAUGAGGAAAAUUCGAACCAGAAACACUCUAGUGGUUUAUCGACACCGACGUCCGUGUCUUCUGCCUUGAAUGCGUUUGAUUUCGUCGAUGAGAUUGAAGGACUGGACGUGGAGAUGUUCACUGGGUCACUUUCGAAAAACUCCAAAAAUAAAAGUGUGAUUUUGAACGAGUUGCACGGAAUGCACGAGUUGGACAGUUUGAAGAAGAGUCCGUCAAGGGGUAGUUUACGCAGUGUGAACAGUCUUCCAGGUUUUACGGGUACCAACAUGAAGAAGUGGAGUAAUGUCGAGGAGCUUGAUGAGAUUUCGCUGAAUUCACAUGGGGGGAAAGACGGUUGGGUGCUUGGGGACACUUCUGACACAGAAUCUGUAGCUUCGACGGCCAACACGUCGCAACCGCUCUCCGUGCAAUCGCUCCCCGAACAGAAGCCGAAGGAAGUCGAGGAAAUUGUCGAACCUGAUUGGCAGUAUCAGCUGCCCUCACCGCCGAAGGCGUUUCGCGAUUCGAGUCCUGUGACCGAAUCAAUCGCCGAUUCGGUCGUGACCUCCCCCGAACUUUUUGAAAAACUCAAAGCUGUCAAAGACACCCAAUCAGAGAAAGAGACUGCAAGUGACGCCACCAGCAUGGUGAGCGAGGACGAAAAACCCAUUCUGAAUAAACUCUCGCUUGAGAAUCUCGAAAAGCGCAAAUCGUUGGUCUACAACCGCGAACUGACCACUACUUUAAAAGAGAAAAAUGAUACGUUUUCGAGCAGUUUGCAGAAUUUUGAAGAGACGUAUAAUGAAGUGAAGAGAUCUAGUCCGAAAAAAGUGAUAUCCACGAGCACUUUGCCCAAUUUCAAAAUCACAACCUACAACAACCCGAAACAGAAGUUGGAUAUUUUUGAGGAUGAUACAGUGAGGAGUAACUCGGAUAAGAGUAGUAAAAGGAACUCGUACGCCGAGCCCACUCUGGAGAGGAGUUAUGUGGGGAGGUCUAUGGAGAAUAUUUCCUUCAGGAAAAAUAGUCUAGGCCGAUCGGAUGAUGAAUACAAGUUUUUUAAACCGCCGGAACCCAAAGGUUCCAGUGUUUUCCGCUCAGAGUCAUUCUCAAGGGAACCAAUGGCAUGGGUACCAACCAAACCUGUGGCUAGGUCCAAGUCACAAGUCGCGUUAAACAAAUACAAAGACACUAAAAAUUUAUCGAAGAUGGAUGACGAGAACCUGACCAAGAGUAGCAGUUUGUUUGAUGUCUCCGGCCUUCAGAGUCUUGGGGUGAUGAGAUUAAUACAAACCAAGCUAAACACUCCGAAUAAUUCGACCGAACAGUUGGAUCACGAAAAAUCAAGUUACCAGGAGCAACCCGAAAUCAAGAUAGAAGUACAAAAACCUGAAGAAAAACAAACGACUGUCAAGCAAUACCGGCCGCCUUCGAUCAACAUGGGAACGUGGUCAGAAAGACCAAAAGUCCCAGUGAACGUCAAAGACGACCCCGAUUACAAAUCAAACACUUCAAAACUGAUCGUAAACACAAUCAACAACGACAUAAAAAGCCACAACAGCAUCGAAGUACGAAACAAAUUUAACAACGGAGUUAGCAUUAAAGUGAACGGAGUGGAGACACAAACCCCCGGAAACGUUGUAAUUAAAAUCGGGGGCCCUAAGCCUGUCUUUCGUAAACCUUUAGGGAACGUUAACGAGAAUCAAAGACCGCAUUCUAUAGCUUUCGGGGGCGAUUUCGACAUAUCAAGGGUGCCAAUCGUCAGGUCCGUUGAGUUUAAAAAACCGUACAAAGACGUGCAAAACAACAACACCUCCGUCACUCAAAUUAACAACAAUAAUAAUUACAAAUUGAACGGUUGGAGGCAAGUGGUGGAAGAGCCCCCCAAGCCGCCGCCAGUCGAGUCCAAACCUGUCUUCCGGGUGAAGAGUUUCGUCCAGAAUUCGGCCCCCGUUGUGCGGGGCUUCCGAGGCCCCUCCAGUUUUUCCACUCUUCCGGGCAAGACAGCUCCUUUGAAUUUCGCAGUGAAUGCUCCCAUCCCCUUCUCGCAGAAGAACCUGCGAAGGACUGAGUCUAGCAUCACGAAGGCGCCGCCCCCAGCCCCGAUUAUGCCCAAGACUGUGUUGGGGGGCAACGGUGGGGGGGACCCCCGGGGUGAGCUGCUGCAAGCCAUUCGAGAUUUUGGGGGGAAGAAGGGGCUGCGGGCCGCUAAAGCCUGAUGUAUAUAGUCAUAUUCGUAAUAAAAAGCUCAAUAUGUUCUGAAUUAUUAAUCAGAUACUAUAGGGACCAAAGGUUUUGUGGAACAUGAUUAUUUAUUUAUGUUUAUUACUCAUGUAUGUAUAGUGAAAUAAAUUAUGAAUAAAGUGUGUAACAAUUUA